AGAUAACCAUGAUAUGAUAAGCCGCGAGGAUUUGGAUGCAAGACAAAGAUAAGAAGCAAAUGCCGACACACGCGGAUCAAGCAUUCAGUCGACAUGCGGAAGUUCGUGGCGGUUGCGCUGCUUUUCGCCCAAGCAUGCAUUGCUUGGGAGAACUUCGUGUACCCGCUCGGCCAUGCGGGUACCUGCCUGGAAGCCGGAACAACGUGUCUCGCUUGCAAUGCGCUUGUUAACUGCAUUGCCACUGAGCAGGGUCUGGAAUCCCUCGUCAUCCCCUGCCCCCCCGAUUCUAAGUGCCAUGUGGAAGGGGGGGUCGCCUCCUGUUUCCAAGAGUCCGAAGUACCAGAAUGUACAUGUUCCAGUCUGGGCGUGUUUCCCGACCCCUACAGCGCCCGCCACUAUUUCAUCUGCUAUCCUGAAGACGACGACGCCAUGACAGCCGUAGAAGCCAAGUGUCCAGAGGGGACUGUGUUCAGUGCGGGAAAGCAGGACUGCGUAGAGGAGAUCGCAGCGGCGCCAUGCAGGCACCCGGGAGUCUUCCCAACGUCAACCUGUUCCCGAGACUUCUACUACUGUGUCUACCCAGAAGGAAGCGACGGGCUCGUCCAGGUGCGGUUCAUGUGUUCGCAGCACGAGGUGUUCCAUCCGCGCCUCCACGAGUGUACGAGCCCGGAGUCGGUCGCAGAAUGCUCACAGACAUCCACCUCCCGACCCGAGUGGACCACCGACCCCUGGUGGAGGACUACCACUUCCCGACCUGAGUGGACCACAGACCCCUGGUGGAGGACUACCACUUCCCGACCUGAGUGGACCACCGACCCCUGGUGGAGGACUACCACUUCCCGACCUGAGUGGACCACCGACCCCUGGUGGAGGACUACCACUUCCCGACCUGAGGUGACCACAGACCCCUGGUGGAGGACUUCCACUUCCCGACCUGAGUGGACCACCGACCCCUGGUGGAGGACUACCACUUCCCGACCCGAGUGGACCACAGACCCCUGGUGGAGGACUACCACUUCCCGACCUGAGGUGACCACAGAGCCCUGGUGGAGGACUACCACUUCCCGACCUGAGGUGACCACAGAGCCCUGGUGGAGGACUUCCACUUCCCAACCCGAGUGGACCACAGAUCCCUGGUGGAGGACUACCACUUCCCGACCCGAGUGGACCACCGACCCCUGGUGGACUACCACUUCCCGACCUGAGUGGACCACCGACCACUGGUGGAGGACUACCACUGCCCGACCUGAGUGGACCACCGACACUUGGUGGAGGACUACCACUUCCCGACCUAAGUGGACCACCGACCCCUGGUGGAGGACUACCACUUCCCGACCUGAGUGGACCACCGACCCCUGGUGGAGGACUACCACUUCCCGACCUGAGUGGACCACCGACCCCUGGUGGAGGACUACCACUUCCCGACCUUAGUGGACCACAGACCCCUGGUGAAGGACUACCACUUCCAGAUCUCCUUAGCUAUUUCGUUUCUACAUUGACUAUAGUUUUUUAUGGUUUAGUUACAUUUUGUUUUGCCGUCAAGAGGUGUUUUAAGAGAUUUUUCAACCAAU